CUCAUCAUCGUCGCCGUCGUCGUCACCGCCUGCAGGGGUUUAAGUUUGUUCUUGACGUCGCGUUUUUUUUUUCUUUUUCCGUGAGACGCUCCCCUCGCGCGUAAUUUGCCCGCCUCCCCCCGCGCGCGGUUUAAGUUGUCAGGAAUCUGGAAAUAAUUUGAAUUAAAGAUGAACUGAAGGUGACAGUAAUUGGAUUCUCUGGGAAGCCACUCCGUACCCCCGCUGUGCGGCGUCUCUUAAGGAGAUUGCCUCUCCCGUCGACGGAAUCGAGGGGUGCAUUUUUUGAAGACGACGCAGGAAGCGGGGGGAAGCCUCGAGGAAAAUUAUCUUACUUGGACGGCCGUUCCCGGGGGUAACGUCGCGGAUAUAUUGACGGCCGUCAAAGGAUAGCGAGGCAGAACGUUGACGAGGAGAGGCAGAGAAGAAGGGAGGCUUUUGUUUACCGACGAGACGGAGCAACUUUGAUGGCGUCACGCUCCGCGCGGAAAGCGAGCGGCACCUGCAAGAAACGCUUCGGCUGGAACGUCGCACGGAGGCCCCUUGGUCGGAUUACUUCUCUCCGCCCCACCCCCAUCCUUUAUUUUUGUUUUGCUCCCGUCUCCGCGUUGACGGGCGCCUGUUAACUCGGAGGGUCCCGAGGAUUCAGACGGAAUCGAGGAGCGUGGGUGCGCGCGCGAAGGAUUUUCUUUCCCCGCCGUCACCCACCCCCGGCGUUCCGGGUAUCGCCACGGAGUUGCCAGGCAGGAGCGUCCCGUUCUCGCCACGGCCCAACGCGCGCACGCCCUCCGCAUCGACCGCGCGCGUGCGCGUUCCAAGGGGGAAACUUCUAAUUUAUCGUGGCGGAGCGCGCGGCUCGCCUCCCCGGGGGACAUCGCGUGCGCAGCCAGCGAGAAAUCGCACGUCCACGGAGAUGAGCGUGAAGUGGACCCGAGCGGCGAUUUAACAACCGCGACUUGCGUCACCGCAGCACCGAAUACCCCCACCGACCAGCCCCCCCCCCUCCCCCAACCUUUUCCGACCGGCGCUCGGAUCAAAGUCGCGGAGUUCAGGAGGACGUCCCGGCUGUUCGAGGAUUCGACUCCCACUUUUUGUCGUUCCCUGCUGGGAGCGGGCGAGAGGUUGGACGCAGGCAAAGGCGACGACCGUUUUGGCCGAACGCCACGGCGCGAGUGGCAGUUACGGUUGACCAACCCCCGCCGCUGCAGGGGUCUUUGGCCGGGGGAUUUGCACCGCCGGUGGCGACGGGACGAGCCGGCGCGUGACGGUGAGAGCCGCCCCUCCCUCCCGACCACGCCGGGAGAUAUCUCGCCUCGAGUUCGGUGCGAGCCCAAUGGGACGUCGUCUUCAACAGGAGGAGGAACGUCGCCCACCCGGCGGAGGUCGCGUGGCGGGUGGAGGAUGAGAAGAGUGCAGCUGUCUCUUUAGUUUUUCCGAGCGCUUUUGAGGGUUUUUGUAGUUGCCAAGGGAGUUUGAGCUGUGGAUCAUCGUCCAUCGUCAAGCGGUCGGCUCAUCAUCCAGCCGACGCGGAGGCCGACGGAGGAGGACGAUUGCGACGAUUGCGACGAUUGCGACUAUUGGCAACUUGUCGCCGCCAUUCCAGCGGCGUUGGCGCGGUUUAACGUCACCACCGCAACUACAGUGAGAUCUUACUUGUUCAGAUUUCAACCUUUGCUAGAUGAGUAGCUUUAAUAGCAAUAAAUUGUUAACGUUAUAUCGACGUGAAUGACUGUGAAGAAGAUAUUUCGGCAAUUGUAGCCGUAUGUUUGGUUGAUGAAAGAUAAAUAACGCAUCGGCGUGUCGCUUGGCGCCGGGGUUCCGAUAACGUUCAGGCAGCGGAGAGACGCAAUGGGAUGGACACGUAGCUGUGCCGCUCGGCACUGUUUGUAGUUUUUUUCCACCGCCACCUUAGACCGGCUACCGAGCAGCGCGAUUUUCAAUUUCAUCUCCCAGUGGAUAAGUCCUUCCGCGAUACACGCACGCGCGUACAUUUCAAAAACAACGCUCGCCCUACACCGGGCGGUGCCGACAAGACAGAGCGCCACGGCUCAAGAGGAAGAAGAUAAGAAGCGCGGCCGCCGGAAACCACAGCGGCGCGACACGGCGCAGAGCGACACGGCGCAGAGCGACACGGCGCAGAGUUGUCGUCGCGCUCGCCAUGCAGGUGUCCUUCGCGUGCUCGGAGAGCGGCCUCAAGUCCCGCGGCGGCAGCGAUGACCGUGGGGGGCGCGGCGGGGGCAGCCCGACUCUGGGAGGGGGCGGCGGGGGCCCAGGUGGCGGCGGGGGGCCCGGCGGUGCCAACCGCGUGCGCUCGCGGUUCCGCGCCGUGGCCAUUGUGGCGAGGAGCGUGGGCCAGAUGGCCCUGCGCAAGCAGCAGCAGCAGCAGCAGCUGCUGCAGCUUCAGCUGCAGCAGCAGCAACAGCAGCAGCAGCAGAUGAUGAUUUCCCUGCGCGAGACAACGGCGGCCAACACGGGCAUGAAGUACAGGAAUUUAGGAAAGUCAGGCCUCCGCGUGUCAUGCCUGGGCCUUGGCACGUGGGUGACGUUUGGAGGGCAAAUCACCGACGAGAUGGCGGAGCAGCUGAUGACCAUCGCAUACGAGAACGGCAUCAACCUGUUCGACACAGCGGAGGUGUACGCCGCAGGCAAGGCCGAGGUUAUCUUGGGCAACAUCAUCAAGAAGAAAGGCUGGAGGAGGUCCAGCCUCGUCAUCACAACGAAAAUCUACUGGGGAGGAAAAGCCGAGACGGAACGAGGGCUGUCGAGGAAGCACAUCAUCGAAGGGCUGAAGACGUCGCUGCAGAGGCUGCAGCUGGACUACGUGGACGUGGUCUUCGCAAACCGCCCCGAUACCAACACUCCCAUGGAAGGAGCCCCAUUCUCAUGCAGGGCUUUCAUCAUCGAAGAGAUUGUCCGGGCGAUGACGUACGUCAUCAACCAGGGUAUGUCCAUGUACUGGGGUACAUCUCGAUGGAGUGCCAUGGAGAUUAUGGAGGCGUACUCGGUGGCACGGCAGUUCAACCUCAUCCCGCCGGUGUGCGAGCAGGCCGAGUACCACCUGUUCCAGCGCGAGAAGGUGGAGGUGCAGCUGCCUGAGCUCUACCACAAGAUCGGCGUCGGAGCCAUGACCUGGUCCCCGCUCGCGUGCGGGAUCAUCACGGGCAAGUACGAGGACGGGAUCCCCAUGUACUCGCGCGCCUCGCUCAAGGGCUACCAGUGGCUGAAGGAGCGCAUCACGAGCGAGGAGGGGCACCGGCAGCAGGCCAAGCUCAAGGAGAUCCUCAUGGUGGCGGAGAGGCUCGGCUGCACGCUGCCCCAGCUCUCCAUCGCCUGGUGCCUGCGUAACGAGGGCGUGAGCUCGGUGCUGCUCGGAGCAUCCAACACGGAGCAGCUCAUUGAGAAUCUGGGCGCCAUCCAGGUGCUUCCGAAGCUGACCGCUCAGGUGGUGACGGAGCUGGACAGCAUCCUGGGGAACAAGCCGUACAACAAGAAGGACUACCGCUGCUAGGCCGAGGAGUCGGCGGUCCCCGACCCCAACCCAUCCUGCCCCGACCAGCCCACCAGCCGCACCACCACUACCAAACCUGGUCAUCCCCACGCUCGUGUAGACUGGCCGAUGGCGGCCCGAUUGCCGCUCGCGCGUGCGCGCGCAGACGCGAGAGGGCUCGUGCAUGCGCUCGUGAAGUCGCCUAUACACGCACAAAGAGGCAAGGAGUCCCCUCUAUAGCCAUACGUAACGUUGGGGCGAAGUGCCGUUAACUCGUGGGCCACGUACGCGUGGACACGGGCACAAAUUCGGACCCGUGUACGCUCGCAGGGCGCUCUCCGGACACGUGCGCGCGCACACUUAUGCACGCGAUCACACGCUCGUGCACACACUUACGGGUCGGCAUGCUUUGAAGCGUACUUCGUUGGACUCAAUUCCUACUCGUUGCCCUUCUCAAACACUUACACUCAAACGCCCGUGUGUGUGUGCGCUUGUGCAAAGGUGCACAUACGUACCUUUUGUGCGCACCUGCGUGUACUUAUAUUAGUUUGUUUUGGGGGUUUUUAACCAGGUGAGGACUCAAAGAGAGCAGAAUAGUCUCAAUUGCAAGUGUCCUGAGAGCAUCGCACCAACUCUAAACACACGAGGCAGCCGCAACCACACACACACGCAUCCGCUCUCGCAUACUCACGGCAUCUGGGAUGAACCGCACCACCCUCGACCACCCAAGGGGCUCGUUCCACCGUUCUGCCUGCCCCCCCCCCUCCCGCACACCUCCCCCCUCGCCUCCCGUGGCCACGACCUCACCUAUGACCAAAAGACUCCACUCGCUCACGAUGCAGACCGCUAGAUGACCGCCUCUGGCCUUCCCGGACAGGCUUGGCACGCCUGCGAGCCAGUGAGAUAGCGAGCCAGUGGGCGUCCACCCAGUUUCCCCCCCCCCCCCACCAACCGUCACUGCAUGUGCUGCUGCUGCUGCUGCUGCUGCACGGUGCUGCUGCACGGUGCUCCCAUGCCGUCGCCCCGGAAAGCAUGACAACGGGAGUUGCCGGUCGCUCAUCAUUUUUCUGCGUCGGGGGGUUGUUGUUGCCGUUUUUUUUAAACUCCUCCGCGUUCUGGCGUCUGGCCGGAGCCACUGUCUGUCGGUGCCGCUGUGCGCGCCGGCGGCCCGGGAAAGCUGGGAUCUGCUUUAAAAUAAAACACUUGUCGCGGACGCUUUCCAUACUCGGCGUCAAUAGAGCCAUCGGGCGAGGCGGCGGAGAGCGUAAGCCGCCACGUUGCAGCGCCGGGCCAGCGCCUCUUCGAGACGCCGAGUCUCCGCACGGAGCGAGGAGGAGGGGGGUGCAUCACCACGGGGCUCCCAUCAACGAUGAUCGCAUCAAAUGAAAAAAACGUAAAUUGCACUUGACUGAAUCACGUGCACCCCGUCAUCAAGGGCUGUACGUGUUCAGUCCAAAGGUGGAGCAAGAGCACGUGUUGUUGGAGGGACGGAUGACCGACUGUAGAGGAGGAGGCGCCUCUUUCAAUGGAACGCCGGGGGAAGCAACUAUCCCGCAAACAGUUUUUUGCCGGCCGUUGACUCGCGGAUCAGAAGUUCCGUCCGCACGGUCGUAAUACAGCUGACGACGGCGCGUCGGACAAGUCCGGAGGAUCGCUACGCAACUGGGAUUUUGAGAAGAGAGAACUUUGGCCCGGACAAAAAAAAAAAGACUUCCGAUUUGAAGGAGAAACGUUUAAAUUAUUGACGGACGAGUGGAAUGGCAAGCGGUCGACAGCUGUUCUGUGCAUGCGCUUGGCAACCUACGCUAACGAGCUUCUGCCGCCGCUGCUGCUAAGGCAAGGCGCCACGCGCGGCGCGAUGACGAUUCGUCGGCCGUUUCGCUCAUUGCCCAGCAGCGGUUGAGAACGUACACGGCUCUCCACUGUGACAAAGAGACGCCUCCUGAAAUCUACGUCCUGGCACCACGGUUUGUAUCGGUACGCAAUAUAAGGCCACGAUCAACUCUAGGAGGAGGCCAAUUUAAAGUCAGUUUGUCUCCGGCUGGCAAUUCAAUGAAAUAAUGGCUUCUCUAACGGCAACUUAUAUAGCAAUGGCUUAGCAUGACGGUGAUCUGUCUGGUACGAUAGCAAAUGGUUGGGUGACUAUUGGCGGUGUAUGAUAACCGUGACACUUGCUCUAUAUUAGCCCAAGUGGAGGAGGCCACAAUAAACUUUGCUUGCUUUAGCAGCACGCGUGACGACAUAGCAUCUGUACACGCGAACGCUGUGCACCAUUUGUCGCGACAUCUCUCCUGUUUAUCUCUCUCUGGCUGGCCAUGUGGUCCAUGAAACUGGGCCGUAUAAUUCACCUGUCGGUACCAACCUCAGGUGGUGGAACUCUCGUGGUUCCAAUGGCUUUGUGGCCAAUAACAGUGAAUUGUGCGAUAACGGUUUCAAACGAGUAGGGGUCAUGAAAAGUGAUUCACUCGUGUUGGCCGUGAUAAGUGAAUGGGGACUGCUAAAGAUGGGUGGUUACCGACUUCUGCUCUGGCCUAUGGGACUGAGAGCUCUGCGAGGCCACUCCUAGAAUCUUUUGUGGGCUACGUUUGACGCGUGGGCCACCAGUUGAAGAACCCGGUCCGAGUGUAUCCCGGCCUUAUUUUUACCGCAUUUAUUUAACAGCGGUCCUGUUUUUGAAUUGGGAUUCUGGUUUUUCACCAGUCUCGCCAGAUUUUCGGUGUGGGAUGAAACUAAAUUCUGCGCCGGUGUACGAAACCGCGUGCGCGUUUUGUUUGAAAAUGCAGCCGAGUACAGAAACCUCGAGAGAUAGAGAGAGAGAGGAGGAAGCCUUCCAUGACUGAACAAAUCAGCCUGCAACCAAUUACCUCCAGCCCAGCGAUUCUAUCCAAACUUCUGUUCUGUUUGUCUUAUUCUUAUCAUCUCGCACGUAUCGGUUUCUGCUUUCCUUUUUCUGUUAUCGUUUGUACAGUUUGGUUUUCUCCGUUAGCCCAAAUGUAACCCUAGCAAAAGAAUUUCGUGCAAUUUGCCUAUAUUGUAAAACAUUGAUUCACAUGCACGCAAUGUUCUGUGUAUCGUCGGCAUAAGAAAAUAUUUUAACUGGUGAGGCUGCAUCAUCAUACCGCUGCAGAAGGUCACUGGUGACCUAUCGAUGCAGCCUCUGGGUUCGCAGCUAUAACCUCUAACAUUGCAACCCUGGCUUUGACUUUGCUCCCACCACCAAUAUAUUGUGUACAAUCUUGAUUUGAAGCUUUCGUGGCUGCAGGAAUCCAUACUGUUUUGUUCUUUCGGUAAAGUCACGUAGGUAGAAAAUAAAACAAUAAAUAACGGCGUUUCAGGCGCAACACACAAGCGUCCCGUCAUCAGGUAGGAUGACGUACGCUUGUGUGUGCGCCCGAAACGUAAUUUAUUUUGUUUUAUUUUAUACACUACGUGACUUUACCGACAGAACCAAAGAGUAUUAUAUUGUCCAAUUUGGCACCCAGGGCCACUUCUCAAUUACAUACCUUGGGUUCAUGUAAAUGUUUUUGUACAAAUGUCGUGAAUUGUUGUCAGCUUAACGUUUUUUUUUACAUGUACAAAAGUUGCAACUAACUACUUACGGAGUAAUCGACUUAAUCUGUCGUCGACGGUGAAUGUCGAGUUAGUUGCCAAGGUCCGUGUGUACAUUCUCGUUGAAUUUUAAUUAUAACAACGCGUGGUUUAUUUAUUUUGUACGACUUUUGCAGUGGUGUUGCAGUUCGCACGACUGGCCAGAAUCAUCGGCAGACCCCCCCGCGGAGACGGCGGCGAGUUUGCCGGAGGAACACUCAUUAGUUACACCAGAAAUCAACAUUCGCCCUCGGUUGUCCGCUUUAUUGUGGACACAUCCUCCGGGGCGUGGUGGUUUUUUUUGGCUACCGGCUUCCAUCGUUCGGACCACCGGCCAUCAUUUCCCUCAGCAUGUGCUGCCCAAGGCUCACUUGACUCUUCUGACCCACUAAUAGGGUUUUUCCCUUUCUUCUGGCAACAAAAACUGACACCUUUACAAGGAAUCAUGUUUACAUUAACCACAAUACCUGCAGUCAAAUGCAAACAAA